CUCCAGACGAUCUCCUGCACGAUCCUAGAAAUACAAUUAACUCACGAGUAAAAGUUCUUAAAGAAUUCUUUCUGUCAUUAAGACGUAGUGAAAUCUUACCUACUUUUGUUCUUGUGGAUAAAGAUGCUGGCCAAAUAGCAGCUAUACAGGAGGCCUGGUCUUGGACAGCCAAUAUUCAACUUUGCUUAUGGCAUGUCAAACGUGCAAUUGAUCGUAAACUACAAGAUAAAAAGUAUAAGUCGAGUCAGUAUACAGCACGAAAAGCAAAAAAAGCCAAUGAACAAUUUCAUUUUAUUGAUGCAUCCUGGAUACCUGGAGGUAUUCUGUGCCCACAAGAAAAAAGAAAAGAAGUAUUAAAUAUGGUAAAAGGACUUCAUCCACUUAUACCAAUCAGCAGAGAAAUCUUUCUUACCUCAAUGAAAAUUUAUUACCAGAGUGUUGAAGAGAUGUAUAGAUUUUGUAGAGGAAACAAUCUGGUUCACUUGUGGGAUUAA